AUGACCACGAAUUUGUCUUUAUCGACGGCACUGUGCCCACGGAGCCCAGUGAAGGUAUGCCCACCUCUCCCUAUUCCUUCAAAAUCAUACCGCGACACUAAAUUCAACGCAAAACGAAAAGGAAGCUCGCUUGUAGCAGAACAAACCUACGGCUUUCUUCCCACCCCACUCACCCCCUCCUCAGCCAGAUCCGUUCUCACCGACGCAAUCGAGUACAUCCAAGCCGCCGGUCCCUUCGACGCAUUGCUCGGCUUUUCUGAAGGCGGAAUCCUAGCAGCGACCCUCCUCGCCGAGGACGCGCACCACCCCUUCGCUCAUUUCAAAUGCGGUGUGUUCUUGAGCUCCGCGACACCGUUAGAUCCCGAUGUGCUCCACACCGACGGUGAAAUUAGCAGGGAUGGGGAGGGGCUGCAGUUACGAGCCCUCGAUCCAGCCGUCGACGGAGUGGUGAUCCGGGUCCCGACGGCACAUGUGCUCGAGGAGGAUCUGAAUCGGCUCAGGGGAUUGUCGCCGAUGGCUCCGCUAUGGGAUCGAGAGGGGACGAAGGAUCCGCAGGAAGGGCUGGUGGAGAUCUGUGACGCGAAGGUCGUGGAGACGGUGAGGCAUGCAUUGGGGCAUACUGUGCCUGGGGCAAAAGGCGAGGUUGAGUUGGGGCAGGUGGUUAGGGCUAUUGAGAGGACGGUCGAGAGGGCUUUGGAGUAA